CAGUCAGUAAGUCCAUGGGACUAUCUGGAAUUUCCCUAACCAAACCGGCACCGAGGAUUAGCUUCAUCCCACAAUGGCCCAAAAUGCGCCCGACGAGACCCUCUCACUCCUCACGCGACUCAGCCAAAAGCCUGGCGUACAAAGCACUCUCGUACUUUCUCGCGAGAACGGCGCCAUUGUGCGCACGUCCGGCUUGAUCUCGAACAAUACCUCUACAAAUCCAAAUAACACUCUGCCCUCGUCCAUCGACAAUGCCCCGGACAACUACAGCAACGGAAGGAAGGAAGGUGGCAUACACAGUGCGGAAGAUGUAGCAAGCAUGGUAUGGUCAUUUCUGAGCUCAGCUGGCAAGCUAGUGGAUGAGUUGGACAAGGAAGACGAGGUCAAGCUGCUAAGGUUAAGAACCAAAAAGAAUGAACUGGUCAUCGUGCCUGAUCCCAAGUUCAUCCUAGUCGUAAUUCACGAUACACCCCCAGCAUAACGGAUCUAACAAGUACGCAUGUCAUAAUUGGCGUUGGACUUUUAUCGGCGUUAAAUGAUACCCCUCGAUUUUGAACCUAGUGCUUGUUUUAACUCAUUACCAAUGAGCCUCACUGAUAUCAACUUCGUUCACAUCGACACCGUCUUUAUACCACCGCUCUAGAGUACCUGUCAGCAGACGCUCAUAGAUUUGCGCUAAAUGAGGAGCCUUGCCAGCUUCACUGAUCUCAACAUCAUUACCACUCAUUUGACGCUUCCGCAUCCUUCCAUCCUCAGUAAAUG